AAUCUGUUACUAUAGAGCUCAGUCCUGUUCGUUUUGUUGACAGGUUGCCAGGAAACAUCCAGGCGACAAAGGCAGGGGUUCCUGCUCCUGGCAGCCAGCCUCACCUCCUAAAAGAACUCCUGCAAGAGGGGAUGUGAAUUCUGGAGCUCCCAGCUAUUCUACUCCUGUUUCCACCAGCUACCCCACCAAGGGAUUCAGCAAGCCACGACAAAAGCCGAAAUAGAAAAACAAAGAACGAGUAUUUCAAGAUCUUGGAGCCCUCUGAGGUUUUAUGGGGACUGCAGCAUUCCAGACUGCUGCCCUGCAAUGAAGCUCUGAGUCACAGUCUUUGGGUCUAAGGUACUGGCUACGAUGUGGAACCCCAAGACAGCCAACCUGACUAACCUUCACUCUAAGCAGAAGCCCAAAAUGCGUCUGGCCUGAAAUCAGAGCAAGCCUUAGAGAAAGCCCUCUUUGUUAAUGGAAAAAGAAGAGGAGAAAAGGGUUUCCACAUUGCAACAGUCUUUCCACCAUUCCAAAGAGCCUACCUUUCUUAUAAACCAAGCUGUUCUAUUUGGUGAGUCCCAUUCUAGCUUCUUGCCAGAAAUAGAACGUGACAGUCAGGGUGAAAAAAUAAAGACAAACCCUCGGAAAAACAGACCUGGAACUGUAAUUCUCUCAAAGCAGUCCAGUAGGAGGAUUAUGUCUGAAAGCCAGCCCAGGCCCCCCGUGAUUCCAUCCCGCAGACCCAGGUUCCGGGUGUGCUAUAUCUGUGGCCGAGAAUUUGGGUCCCAAUCCCUUGGCAUUCAUGAACCCCAGUGCCUGGAGAAGUGGCGUGUUGAAAACAGCAAGUUGCCCAAGCACCUGAGGAGGCCAGAACCUUCCAAACCCCCUCCUCUCAACGGAAGUGGGUCCUACAGUCUUCAGGCAGUGAAUGAGGCAGCCUUCCAGAGUUCCCAGGCUCAGCUGCUGCCAUGUGAGUCCUGCAACCGCACAUUCUUGCCAGACCGGCUUCUUGUUCAUCAGAGAAGCUGCAAGCAGAAGGUUGAGGGGCCCAGGGCACCAAGCCUGGACAGAUCUGAUGAUCUUGCCGGUCUCAAGAAAGCUUCCAGUGGCAUCACGACCCGACCGAGGACUGUCAUCUGCUACAUCUGUGGGAGGGAAUUUGGUACCCUGUCCCUUCCUAUCCAUGAGCCCAAAUGCCUGGAAAAGUGGAAAGUAGAAAAUGACCGACUCCCCAGGGAGUUCCGCCAGCCACUCCCACAGAAGCCUCAGCCCCUUCUCACUGGACAGCCCAACCACACAAGGCCACGUCAAGGCCAGCUCGUGUCCUGCCCAAACUGUAGUCAGACCUUUGCCCCCGACCGCCUUCCAGUACACAAGAGAAGUUGUAAAGGUCAACCUAGUGGGCCAAAAGCUCAGGAUCUGACAUUAGGGAGUAGAGGUGGCCUGGAAGAGUCCACUAAUUCCAAGUCUCAGAGGAACCCGGCAGCACCCCCUGUGACUGAUAAGCCAACAAUGAUAAGACGUCCACCAACAGUUGUUUGCUAUAUCUGUGGUCGUGAAUAUGGAACAAAAUCGAUCGCCAUUCAUGAGCCACAAUGUCUGAAAAAAUGGCACAAUGAAAACAACUUGUUGCCUAAAGAGCUAAGGAGACCAGAACCAAAGAAACCAGAAGUCAGGACCAUUACUGCCAAGGGUUUCUAUGAUCUCGAUGCCUUAAACGAAGCUGCUUGGACAAGCGCCCAGAGCCAGUUGGUUCCCUGUAAUAUUUGUGGGCGUACCUUCCUGCCAGACAGACUGAUUGUUCACCAACGAUCCUGUAAACCAAAAGUCGCCAAGUAAAGCCCUUUCUCCCUACGAAA